CGACAUCCACAUUCUGCUCUGAAGCUCUUAUGCGUAGACUUAAUCUUACUGGAACAAAGUCAAAAAUAGGUUUGUUAACGAUGAGCCCAAAGACAUCAGUGUCAACAUACAUUGUGAAUGGACUUGAAGUAGCUAGCCUUAAUGGAACAAGGUACUACAGUCUUCCAAAUGUUUACACACAGAAAAAGAUGCCAGUUGACACAGCAAACAUCAUAAAACCAGAGGACCUAUCACAGUGGCCUUACCUUGAUCACAUUGAAAUCCCUGAAAUUGAUGCUACCGUGGAGUUAUUAAUAGGUACUAAUGCUUCAAAGUUGCUAGAACCAUGGGAAAUUGUGAAUAGCCAAGGUGAGUGUCCUUUUGCUGUUAAAACCCUAUUAGGGUGGGUGAUCAAUGGCUUAGGAAAGGAUUCCAAAGACAAUUGGAAUGGCAUUGGCUAUCCUUCUGUUUCUGUAAACAGAUUAUCUGUAGAAUCACUUCAGCUGUUAUUGGAGAAGCAGUACCAAAGUGACUUCAAUGAGAAAAUCGCCGACGACAAUGAAGAAAUGUCAAGGCAAGAGGCAAGAUUCAUUAAAAUAAUGGAUCAAUCUGUAAAGUUAAAGGACGGACAUUACAGUUUAAAGCUGCCAUUUAAAGCCCAAGAGGUAACUCUGCCAAACAACCGUUGUAUUGCUCAACAGCGCCUCAUUGGACUAAGAAGGAAAAUGGAAAGAAAUGAGAAAUUCCACCAAGAAUACACAAGCUUUCUUGAAAAUGUCAUCAGCAGUGACUAUGCAGAAAUGGUACCACAGGAUGAAUUGCGUUGUGGAGAAGAUAACCUGUUCUAUAUACCUCAUCAUGGAGUAUAUCACCCACGGAAGGGCAAGUUGCGAGUUGUCUUCGACUGUGGAGCUAAGUUUAAAGGAACUUCUUUGAACGAACAACUUCUGCAGGGUCCGAACCUUACAAGUUCCUUAAUAGGAGUGUUUCUACGAUUCAGACAAGAACCAGUUGCUUUUAUGUCUGAUGUGAAGUCUAUGUUCUAUCAAGUUAGAGUGGCCGACGAAGACAAAGACUUUCUAAGGUUCCUGUGGUGGCCUAAUGGAGAUCUGCACAAGCAAGUUGAAGAAUAUAGAAUGACUGUACAUCUCUUUGGAGCAGUGUCGUCGCCUAGUUGUGCAUGUUAUGCUCUAAGGAAGACAGCAGAGGACAGUCGGAAUGGGUUUUCGGAGGAGGAUGAUCCAGAGGUCAAAGUGGAAAUCUCCACAAACGCAAUAACCAUUCGAGGAUAA